AUGCAUAACUAAAUUAAGACUAAGUAAAAUCUUUAUAGACAGAGUAACACAUAUCAUGUUAUAAUUAGAUUUAUAUUUUGCAGAUAACAAAACCCCUUUAAGUUUUUCUUAAUCUGAAAGAAUGAAACCUUUUAGAAUGAAAUACACUGUUGAAAUAGAUAAUGAAUACUCUGAUCCACCAACUUAAAUGAUUGAUAUUACUAAACUUCCUAAUGGAUAAUUCAAAGAUACAAGUAACUUCUAUGUUUUAAUAAGGAUACACACACACCGAUGAAUCUUUUUUUGUAAAAAUGGGUGGCAAGAAUAGAGAAUUAAUUGCAUAAAAACUUAGAUCUAGAUUAGAAAGUAGAUAGAGUCCAAUGAGAUUUAAGGGUAUUUGAUGAUAAAUAUUAUAAUAAAAGCUAGAAAGUCCAAUUUUUGAUAAAAAGAUGAUCAAUAAAGCUCUUAGAUUGUAAUAAUAAAAGUAAUCAAAUUCAGCAAGGAUUUUUCGAAUUUAAACAGCUAAAUUAUCUCCCUUGAGUAGAAUUGAAGUAAGGGCAGAGAGUGGAGAAUUAUAAGAUGAGAAAUCUAUACAAUAAUUUAGUUCAUCGCAGUAAAAACUAUUUCGGAUACUUUUAAAUAGGAAAUGA